CCCCCCCAAAAAAAAAAAAAAAAAGAGAGAGAAUGUAGGGUUUGAGGUUGGUUUUCAAUCUUCGGCAAACACAGCAGAAGAAGAGUUUCUGUUGGAGCUUCAAAAUCAGAGUCACCGAAAAAGCACUUUCAGAGAUUCUUGAAGAAGACGUUGUUGUUUCAUUUUUCGAAGGCUUUGAGCUUGAAGUUUCGGAAGUGGUUAUCGUCGAAAAGCAUUUUUCAACGGAAUGGUGAAGAAGCAGAAGCAGAAGAUAAUUCUGCCGCCCGACCUCCCUCCGGAUAUAAAUGAGGACGAAAUCGAGGUUUCUGACGAGGACUUGCAGUUUGUCAAUGAGAAUCGAGAAUAUGCUGGCUUUGUCUCUCGCUUGGAUACUAAAUCCAUCACAAAGCAUGUUACUCGCGUUGCUGAUGUGAAAGAAGAUGCUUUAGAAGCUUUGUAUGAGAAGCGCUUGAAGAAGAAAUUAUUGCAGAGAGAACAGGAGGAGGAUAGCAAACUUCAAGUUGAUCAUGUAGAAGCCCUUCCUAUCAAAACAUUAGAUGGACAACUCAAAUACCGAACAGUAACAAAGCCAUCAACAGCAUCGGAAAGUGGUGUUACUGGAGAACGGGAGACUGGUGGCGAUGAUGAGGAUGAUACUGCAGGUAAAAGCAUUGUUAAGCUGACAAAGGCAGAAAAGAGGGCAAAGCUUAAAAAGAGUAGGAAAGAAGCAAAAAAACAAGGGAAGGAGUUGGAUGAGAGUGAAGCCGAACAAACUCCACAAGCAGUAGUGCUGGCUGAGGUAAAGGAAGAUCUAACAGCUGAAGAAGCUUUUGAAAAUAAGAAGCGUAAGCUCGCAGAGCUAGGAAUUGCACUACUUGCUGACCCAGAGUCAAAUAUUAAAUCUCUGAAGGAGUUUUUACAACUAUGUAAAGAUAAUGAUCAUGCAAUUGUCAAACUUGGACUCCUAUCUCUGUUGGCUGUUUUUAAGGAUAUUAUCCCUGGCUACCGGAUUAGACUUCCUACUGAGAAGGAGCAGGAAAUGAAGGUUUCUAAGGAUGUUAAAAAGAUGCGGUUUUAUGAAUCAACACUUCUAUCUUCAUACAAGGCAUACCUGCAGAGGUUGACAGCAUUAGAAAAGCAGUUGUCAUUUCAACAAGUGGCCAUUCGCUGUAUCUGUACUUUGCUUGAUGCAGUACCCCACUUCAACUUCCGAGAGAGCUUGUUAGGUGUUGUUGUCAGAAAUAUAGGUUCGCCAGAUGAUGUCAUAAGGAGACUUUGUUGUUCUACUAUAAAGUCACUUUUUAAAAAUGAGGGAAAACAUGGCGGUGAAGCUACUGUGGAGGCUGUUCGAUUGAUUGCACAUUAUGUGAAAGAUCAUAAUUGUCAAUGGCAUCCCGAUUCAAUUGAGGUUUUCUUGUCUUUGUCAUUUGAUGAAGAUAUUUCGAGGCCAGAAAAAGCUGAUGAGAAGAAUAAAGGAAAAAACAAGAAAAAUAAGAAAAGAAAGAGUGUUGAGGAGCCAAGUCAGUUGCAAGACAAUAGAAGGAAAAGAAGUAAGCAAGAGUUGACGGAAAAGAUGAGAGAGGAGGUUAAUGCGGAUUACAAAGCUGUCGCAUUUACCCCCAAUGUUGCAGAGCAGAGAAGGAAGCAGUCAGAGACACUUUCUGCUGUUUUUGAGACAUAUUUUCGCAUCUUGAAGCAUGCAUUGCAGUCAAUUGCUGCCAGGCCUGAAGUGGAUGCCUCUCUAUCUGCUGGUGGAUCUGGUUCUCACCCUUUGCUUGCCCCCUGUCUCAAAGGAUUAGGAAAAUUUUCACAUCUAAUUGAUAUAGAUUUCAUGGGCAACCUUAUAGAUCAUCUGAAGAGGCUUGCUUCUGGUGGCAGUAUCUCUGAAAACAAUUCUGGAAAGUGUUUGACGUCUUUGACAGUAUCUGAGCGCCUUCAGUGUUGCAUUGUUGCUUUUAAGGUGAUGCGGACCAACCUUGAUGCCUUGAAUGUUGAUUUGCAGCAAUUCUUUGUCCAACUUUACAAUCUUAUCUUAGAGUAUAGGCCUGGAAGAGAUCAGGGUGAAGUGUUAACUGAAGCUCUGAAGGUAAUGUUAUGUGAUGAUAGACAACAUGACAUGCAAAAGGCUGCUGCAUUUGUAAAACGUUUAGCCACUUUCUCACUGUGUUUUGGAUCUGCAGAGUCGAUGGCUGCCUUGGUCACUUUGAAACACCUUCUUCAGAAAAACAUCAAGUGCCGAAAUUUGUUGGAAAAUGAUGCUGGAGGUGGCUCAGUUUCAGGUUCCAUUGCGAAAUAUCAUCCAUAUGAGAAAGACUCCAAUUUAAGCGGUGCUCUUGCUUCAGUCCUUUGGGAACUGAAUCUCCUGUCGAAGCAUUACCAUCCAGCGAUCUCACUUUUGGCUUCAAAUAUUUCAAGCAUGAGCGUUGCUAAUAACCAGGUUUAUCUCUCUAAUAUCUCCCCCAUACAAGCUUUCACUGAUAUGUCCCUUGAACGGGAAACAUUCGAUCCGCCAAGCGGUAUCAACAAAUCAAAUAACAAGAGAAAAAGAGGAAUCGGUUCGUCCAUAUCUGCUAGUGUGGAGACUUCUGGGGAGACAAGUUCAAUUGAUGAAGAUGAGUUGAGAAAGAAACUCUCUGCGCAUUUCAUGCUUCUUCGUGACAUUAAGGAGAACAAGAAGUUGAGGAGUGAGCUAGAACAUGUAACUUCAUCCCUACAACAACACAAAGAGUACAAGCAGCAAAAGAGAAAAACGACGCAAAGGCCUAAAUCCAAGAAAAAGUUAGUCUAAGAUGAUGCUUUUGGCCUUCGGCAAAUUUUGACAAAAAUGAGUAAAAUAAUAUGGUUUUGAACAGUAUUAUAUUUCGUUGUUUACAUUACCGUAUUUAAUGCAGAGAAUUACCUGUGGUUUUGUUUAA